CCAAGACCGAAUGCGGUACGUGCGAAAUAUUUACCGCAGUCGUUUGCUUGGCUGUUUUUUUUUUCAUUUCGAAUGACUUUUGCUAACUGUCAACCGAUUCAUGUUUUCUUUUAUUCCGUUUGCUCUAAAUACAAAAAUUCAAUUCUACAGGAAUCCACGUUGGAGGAGCUGAAAAGACCUGGGACCGUGAUCUUUGGGAAGAAGGUGCCGUCAAGUCUAUCGAAUCCAACGACGCCGCCCUUGAAAUCACCAAAGCUGGAGAGGCAUCCGUUAUUGCCGUCUACGCUCCUUGGUGCCAAUUCUGCCAAAAGAUGGAGGAAGAUUUCUCCACUUUCGCCGAAGGUUCCGACAUUCCUGUUUACAAAUUCCGUGGUGACGAAGACCGUGAAUUCGUUUCUGCCAACCUCAACACCGAAUCCUUCCCUACUGUCAAUGUUGUCAAGGCUGAUGGAUCCGUUGUCAAGUACGAAUCCGAAGACCGCAGCCCCGAAGCCAUCAAGAAGUUCGUUGCCGACACCCUUGCAUAAGCAACAAUUUCUUCUUUAAUUUUUCUUUGGAAAUAAAUUACAUCUCUACUA